UUCUUAAGGAAUGUAGUGAAGUAAAAGUAAAAGUUGAAAAAUAUCUAAAUAGUAAAGUAACGAUACCCACAAAAACGACUUAAGUAGCACUUUAAAGUAUUUGUAUUUGCCAGCAGGGUAGUAGACCAUUGGCAGAACUGCAUAUAAUGGUGUAUAAAUGCAAUACCUUUGUAUUAAGGGUUAACACUGGAAAAGGUAAAUCUAGUUUCCAUUCAGAUACAGUGUGAUUCGAGACCCGGGAAAAGUUACGCCUGAACAUUGUGGCACAUUGUGGAAAAAAAACGAAGAAAAAAAGAUUACAACAGGCAAGUUUGAAAAGAAGAGAACUCCACUUAGAUAUUUGCCCCACAGGGUAUAAAGGCAUGCAUAUGUUGAGGUAAGUAGUGUGACACUUCGAGGCACCUUGGCAAGCAGUGAGAGAGGACCAAUCAAUCUCAACUCUUCCCCGCUCACCGAACGACUACCCCUGCAACAGGUUAGAAGAUAAUCAAAAUAACAAGAAUCGAGGAAGUUAACUGCAACAGUAAUGCCAUCCAACAAGUAUUCUUCAGCCAUCAUGGUUGAGAGUGACAAGAUGACGGCAACAGCUGAGGUGAACGGGGACAUUCCUGCAGCCGAGGGACCAUCAGAGAACGACAGUGGCGCAGAGAUGACCAAUGAGAACAGCCCGCUGACCGCUGCUGAGCCGCCCUCCCCCUUCAGCCCCAAGCAAAACGGAGACGCUGCUUCACCUGCAGACUCAGAUGUUAACCAGUUGUCUGGGAGCAGGAAGAGAACCAGGAAGAGGUCCUCUGAGGAGGAAGAUUGCAGCUGGGACUCCUCCUAUAGUGAGAGACAAAAGAUUGCGGGAUCAAGACGGGAUACAUCGAGAGCAGUUGCUUCUCAAGCAGAAGGCCAAGGUAGCAGGAGUGGGGGGCUCGGAGUCUGGCUCGGGUCUGAGACAGAGACCCUCUCCCAGGACCAUCUUCCAGGCCGGUCUGCUGGCCCCUCACAGCAAACCACGCAGCCGCGAGCAGAGAAGGGGAGGACGCCAGAACAAGCUGGAGCACCACAGCAGUACUCUGAGCCUGGCCUGCAGUGUUGGCCCCGGGCCACUGGUGUCCGUGGUCCCUGAGAGCCCCUCCCUGGAGCUCCUUGAGCAGGACUCUAAGGAUUCGGCCCAGAGCACCUCCUCCACCUCCCUGGCCUCCAACACCACAGAGCCUGCCUGCCAGCCAGAGUACAAGGACAACAAGGGUUUUGGCAUUGGAGAGCUGGUGUGGGGGAAGAUCAAGGGGUUCUCCUGGUGGCCAGGCAUCGUGGUCACCUGGCGCGCCACGGGCAAACGACAAGCCACUCAUGGCAUGAGGUGGCUGCAGUGGUUCGGUGAUGGCAAGUUCUCUGAGGUUUCAGCUGACAAGCUGGACUCCAUCACUGCUUUCCCCAAGUUCUUCAACCAAGCCUCCUACGCCAAGCUGGCAUCCUACCGCAGGGCCAUCUUCCAGACACUGGAGAUGGCCAGUCUGCGUGCUGAGAAGCCAUUCCCUCCGUGUGAGUCAGAGGGGCCAGAGGACCAGGUCAAGCCCAUGCUGGACUGGGCCAACGGGGGCUUCCUGCCUAAGGGCCAAGAGGGCCUCAAACCCACAGAGAACCCUGACAGCAACCCGUUAAACCACAAAGUGUUGGACGUCAGUCUGCUAGAGUAUUUCCCCACAACCAAGAGGCCCCGCAUCAGCCUUUGUAAGGCCAAGAGCAGCCCAGAGGAGGUCUACAGUAGAGAACAAAUGGUGCAUGAAGUUUUGAAGAAUAACAGAAGUAUAGAAGAGUUUUGCCUCUCAUGUGGGAAAACACGAGCGGCAACCUUCCAUCCACUUUUUGAAGGAGGCCUUUGCCAAGCAUGCAAGGACGUGUAUCUUGAGAUCUCCUACAUGUAUGAUGACGAUGGCUACCAAUCGUACUGUACCGUGUGCUGCGGGGGCCGCGAGGUGUUACUGUGUGGGAACGCCAACUGCUGCAGGUGUUUCUGUGUAGAAUGCCUGGACAUUCUGGUGGGCGCUGGGGCGUCGAACAGUGCCCGUAACCUGGACCCAUGGCGCUGCUACAUGUGCCAGCCCCUGCAGCCCUACGGUGUGCUCAAACAACGCCACAAUUGGAGCAUGAAGCUGCAGGAGUUCUUUAUCAACGACAACGGCCAGGAGUUUGUUUCUCAGGAAAGCCCAAAUAUCUACCGGGCUGUCCCUGCAGAACAGCGGCACCCCAUCCGCGUGCUCUCAUUGUUUGAUGGCAUCGCCACUGGCUACUUAGUGCUACGAGACCUAGGAUUCAAAGUGGACCAUUAUAUUGCGUCAGAGGUGUGUGAGGAUUCCAUAUCGGUGGGGGUCGUCCGACAUGAAGGAAGAAUCCAGUACGUGCACGACGUGCGCAACAUCACCAGAAAAAAUAUAGAAGAGUGGGGCCCAUUUGACCUGGUGAUAGGAGGAAGCCCCUGUAACGACCUAUCUAUCGUCAACCCCGCCAGGAAGGGACUGUACGAGGGCACAGGGAGGUUGUUCUUUGAGUUCUACCGCCUGCUGAGUGAGGCCAAGCCCAAGGAGGGCGAGGACCGCCCAUUCUUCUGGAUGUUCGAGAAUGUGGUCGCCAUGGGCGUCAACGACAAGAGGGACAUCUCUCGUUUCCUCGAGUGCAAUCCAGUGAUGAUCGAUGCCAUUGAGGUGUCUGCGGCUCACAGGGCUAGGUACUUCUGGGGCAACCUACCAGGGAUGAACAGGCCUCGGUGUGCAUCUGGGAUGGACAAGCUAGAGCUACAGGACUGUCUGGAACAUGGCCGUGUGGCUAAGUUUGGAAAGGUGCGCACCAUCACCACGCGCGCCAACUCCAUCAAGCAGGGCAAAGACCAGCACUUUCCCGUCAUGAUGAAUGGCAAAGAGGACAUUCUGUGGUGCACCGAACUGGAGAGGAUCUUUGGCUUCCCGGUCCACUACACAGAUGUGUCCAACAUGGGCCGCGGUGCCAGGCAGAAGCUUCUGGGCAGGUCCUGGAGCGUACCUGUCAUCAGACACCUGUUUGCCCCUCUGAAGGACUACUUUGCAUGUGAAUAGCGCCCUCCCUAACCAACCUCUCUGUAGUUCUAACUUGGCUUCAAUCAGAAGUGCCAAUGUCAAGUUAGACAAUCUUGUUAUCCCCUGGUAGGCAAAAGCCAAAGUGUUAUUUUAGGGUUUUAAGGUUUUAUACACUGCUUUUACUUUUUAACAAAUGACUUCCCCUCAUGUUGUCUUUGAGUGGAUUUGUUGUAAUCACAAAGUCAGACAUAUUUUUAUGCCACACUGAUUUUCUAAAACUAGAGAAAGUUUUAUAUAACAAUGUAUAUAGAUCUCUUUAUCAAUGAGUAGACAUUUCUGUUUCAUUUUCAUGAUGUCAACAUUGGGAAAUGUACGUGUUCUUCUCCCAAAUGCCAAUGUGAAGUAACACUUGAAACAAUUCAAUACAAACAUGUCCAAUCGAGCUGAGAGACAGAAUAAAGAACGCUCCGUUCUCAGCCAUGCCAAAAUACAUUUAAAAAUGUACUGUGAAAUCAAUACAAAGACGUAAUGACAUCUCAAUAUUGGACAUUUUGACAUUUGUCAUGUGCUACUGUUCUAAAGUAUCCAUAUUCUUGAACUGGAAGUUAGUUUUUGCUUUCACCAAAUAUAAGUGAGAGUUACCUCAUCAUCCAGGACAUCUGAAAACCCAUCUUGGCUAUCUGUACAAAAAGUCACUGGAAUGUUUUAUAGAAAUGGUAUACUUCAUUUUUAUACUGUAUAUAUGAAAAUGUUUACAAGAUUUUAAAAAUAUUUGAUUGGACUUUGGGAGUUUCAUUGUCCUAAUGUCAUCUUAAAUUUAUAUUUUUAAAUCUGUAAAUUUCAGUGGUUGAUAAACCCCAGUAUAGUGCAUAGAUAUCCUUCACCAUUGUUAAAGUGCUCUGGACUUCAGAUUGAAGUACAAUAUACACUUAUUUUGUCUACUCAUUUUGUCUACUCAUUUUGUCUACUCAUUUUGUCUACUUUUGUAGCCCUUUUUUGUUUUGGUAAAUAAAUGUGGAGAGUUUGCUGUGCAGUUUUAAAA